AUGGCUCCAGCGAAACCCUCAAGCGGGAAAGACACCUACUCGGUGAUCCUGCCCACAUUUAACGAGCGCCAAAACCUUCCCAUCAUUACUUGGCUGCUCAACCGCACCUUCACCGAACAGUGCCUCGACUGGGAACUCGUGAUUGUCGACGACGGCUCGCCCGACGGCACCCAGGAUGUCGCGAAGCAGCUCGUCAAGGUGUACUCGCCGCACGUACAGCUGCAGACGCGGACAGGCAAGCUGGGGCUGGGCACGGCCUACGUGCACGGCCUCAAGUUCGCAAAGGGCAACCACAUCAUCAUCAUGGACGCCGACUUCAGCCACCAUCCCAAGUUUAUCCCGCAGAUGAUUGCCAAGCAAAAGUCGGGCAACUACGACAUCAUCACGGGCACCCGCUACGCUGGCGACGGCGGCGUCUACGGCUGGGACCUGAAACGCAAGCUGACGAGCAAGGGCGCCAACAUCUUUGCCGACACCGUCCUCCGCCCCGGCGUGAGCGACCUGACGGGCAGCUUCAGGCUGUACAAGCGGAGUGUGCUCGAGAAGCUGUUUGAGAGUACCGACGCGCGAGGCUUCACCAUGCAGAUGGCCCUGGCCGUCACCGCCAAAGCCAAGGGCUAUUCGAUCGGCGAAGUUCCCAUUUCGUUUGUGGACAGGGUUUACGGCGAUAGCAAACUAGGUGGAGAGGAGAUCGUCGAAUACGCGAAAGGGGUUCUGCAGCUGUGGUGGUCGAUAUGAGGACAAUAAGGGAGGUAGUGGUGAUAAUGAUAAUAUCGGAUACCAAGCGACAAGAAAAUGGUUCAGGGAUAGACGGAACAUUGCGCUGCUGUACGAGUAAGGGUAGGAUUUGUUGGGGCUUGCACGGCGUUGAAAGGUUAAGGGACAUAAUUUGUGCAGAUCUUUAGGUCGAGCAAGCGCCAUUGAUGCCAGCUAAGCUCCCGUUCAAAGAACAUGAUCGCUGCUUAGAGCUCAAGCAGUUCCAAUGG